UGAAGAAUGAAUGAAUGAAAGAAAGAAAGAAAGAAAGAAGGAAAGAAAGAAAGAGAGAAAGAAAGAAUCAAUGACUUGUACGUCGAGUUUCCAACCCGAUGGAACGUAGCUUGGUCUCAUUUCAAAGAUAACAUGUCGUAUACAAAUGCCCUCUAACCUAACCAUUUUAAGCUCCUCAAAUGCAACUCCCCUUUGAUUGACAAACGUCCUAUUCAAACCAAAACAUAAAUUAUUCAUCAAGAAGCUAAGAUGCAUGAUUUGGUGCGUAGCAGGAGAACGACCGUGAAGUCAAGACGUCAAACUGACAGCAGAUAUUGCUUGGUGUAACCGAGAAAGACAGACUUAUGUCCGUUAUAAUAUAGAAUCGACAUGAAAUACACCAUUAUAGGUGCUUUACUGCUGGAAUUUCUUUCUUUAUCACACGUUAAAGGUUGUGUGAAUGUUAGACCAUUAGGAGUAGCCAAUAGGACAAUGGUUCCUGAUAUUAAGAUGUCGUCAUCAAGUUCUUUCAGAGAAUCAGUCGACUACCUCACGGCCAAACAUGGCCGAUUGUAUACGUCUAGAGCCUGGUGCCCAGCGAGUUUGGGAGGCGAUGAUUGGCUACAAGUGGAUAUGGGAAAUUAUUAUAAUGUGUGUGGUGUGGCGACACAGGGGAAGGAGUAUCGGACAGACGAGUGGGCGACUAACUAUACGUUAUCGAUAUCACUUGAUGGUGUUACAUGGGUGGAAUAUAAUGAGGACAAUAGAUUGAAGGUUUUUGCUGGCAACAUAGAUGGAGUCUCAGUUGUACGACAAAACGUCACUUCCGUCUGGGCGCGAUACGUUCGCUUCUAUCCACGGGGUUACCAACUAUGGCCGUGUCUACGAGUCGAGAUCUACGUCGAAUUCUCCCCACCUAUCAUCACAAUCAAACCAGAAACUCAAACUAUCGCAGUCGGCAACCAUCUCUUACUUAACUGUCUCUCCAAAGGCUCCCCAAAACCCAAGGUCACAUGGUCUCUUAACGGAAAUGACAUCAUCUUUGGCGAAGUGUUGUUAAAUGGUAGCUUGUUGGUGAAGUCGGUUGAAAAUGAUAAGAAUUUCGAAGGGGAAUAUCGUUGCGUUGCAACGAAUAAAGAAGGAUCAGCUUCCAGGAACGCCGUGGUUAUUGUUCACGAAAAACCUAAAAUUCUGAACUCCCUACCUUCCUACAGUCCAUAUCUCCGAGGGAAAACCGCUGUCCUGUCAUGCUACGGCGUUGGUGAUCCAGUACCUUCUAUCACGUGGACAAAAGAUGGCAGCCCGCAUAUACCACGUGGUACCAUACAUGCUGAUGGUCAUGUCCUCGUGAUCAGUCAAAUAUCAGCACGUGACCAGGGCGUGUAUCGAUGUGUGUUGUCUAACUAUCUUGGCUUCGCAAUGUCUGCUACCAAUCUUACAAUUUUAGAUCGACCAACCAUAGAUACAGUACGAACACGAAAAACUAUACGCGCCAUUCUAUACCAUACUAUUAAUAUUGGUUGUUAUGGAAACAGUAUCCUGCCUUUAACCUAUACAUGGACAAAAAAUAAGGUGGCAGUUACAGAUAGUGAUAAUCAUGGAAACAAUAUGGUUCGAGUAUUCGGUAACUUGUUGAUAAUCACCCCAAAUGAACCACGUGAUUAUGGCACGUAUGUGUGUCACGUGAACAAUACGGUGGACACAGCAAUGUUUGAGAUCGAGGUUGUUCCAUUUCACCACGAAACGAACCAAUCAGCAGGCACAUUUGCAGCUCUCAGCAACUCACCUUCCUCCUGUGAAGCCCGCCUUGGGAUCAUCAUUUCACUAGUGAUAGUAUUCCUUCUAUCCCUGGCUCUCAACUUACGUCUAAUCUACCGAUACCGCCAAAUGAAGAACGCUAGUAAAGCCUCAUUGAAGUCAAUUUCCUUGGGGAAGAAGAUGAAUGCCGAGGGUUCAAAUCUUAUGAAGGAUACAGAGAUAGCUUGGGAUAACCUAAUACCUGCAGGACACGGUGGCCCGUUCGUGAAUGCAGGAAUCGAGAGAGACACAGAGCCUGCGAUUCAUUACAGAAAACAAGUUGACGAUGACUAACAUCUCUAGUUCGGUUGUCUAUAAAUUACGCCGCGUUUGGCAAUCAAGGGUAGUGUCGUCAUAUUUCUGCGGUGCUCUCCUCAAGGAUGGUGUAGUUACUAUACUGCAUGCCUCUGAUCGCCUCUCACUUCUGGGGUCUCGAGUUCUAUUCCUGGACUCGGCUUUACAUGUCAGUAGAGAGAGACCAUGAAGUUUUUGUUUUUACCGGUUCUUAGCUGCUUUUUCUCCCUACACAAAACCGGAGACACUAAAUUGCAAUUCUAUCUGUGAGUUAGCCAUGCCCUGACUUAGAUCAGCCCAGAGGUUGUUCAGGGUUUGAUCUGUGAGUUAGCCAUACCCUGACUUAGAUCAGCCCAGAGGUUGUUUCAGGGUUCAAUCUGUGAGUUAGCCAUACCCUGACUUAGAUCAGCCCAGAGGUUGUUUCAGGGUUCAAUCUGUGAGUUAGCCAUACCCUGACUUAGAUCAACCCAGAGGUUGGUUCAGGGUAUCAAUAAGACGUGAAUGUGAAAAUGAUUGUGGGAGACACGGGCCGAGGUGGAUAGCUCAAACACUAUUGGAUAACGUUUGAAUCAAUCUUGCUUUCUGAUUGGACGGUCUAUCUUUAGACCAUAAAGAGGGUUCUCGUAAAGAUGGCUCUUGGGAAACAAUAAAUUCGGGUCAUUCUUGACACAGAUUCAUUUAAGGUAAUGAGCGAGAAAAACUCUUGCAUCAAAAUCAACCCUAGAGAUGAAGACAUACUACGCAUGCUCGAGAAAAUGAUGGAAGCUUAUGGAAACAUUCUUACAAACAAAUACAACAAAACAAAAUGUUUUCUAGUUUUCUAGCUGGAUUUUUCUGUUUGAGAGUGAUGCUUUUAAGGUAGCAAUACACCGAAUCGAAAUAUGGCGAUCAAUUUGAAUAACUAUUGUUCUCCACUGACUAGCGACUAACUAGCCUCGUGUUCACAUGGAAACAUAAAAGCAUUUUCACAUGUAUAGGAGGCUAGUCAGUCGCUAGUCAGUGUAGAACAAUAGUUAUUCAAAUUGAUUGCCAUUUUUCGAUUCGGUGUAUAAAAUAAAUGUUUUAAGGAGGGAGGAUGGAGAGGAGAGAGGAUUAAAGCCGACGGCUAUCCAAAGUUGACUUCUCCAUUGUAAUAUUCCAAGCAUGCAUAAUACAUUCUUCCUCCGUCAUUAAGAAAUUAGGUCACUUGCAUUAUAGCAUCAUUUACUGCCACUACCAGAAUCCCUUGAACACUUUCUUUCGUUCAGUUAAUUAGCACCAAUUGAGGGAAUACAAAUUUGAAUAAAAAAGAAAAUUCGCAAAGCAUUUUGGUAGUGGUGGUAAAAUGACACUAUAAUGCCAACGGUUGUUCUCUUUUCGCGCGUAUAUUUUCCAUGCUAUUGGCAGUUCUAUUAUUAUUCAUUAUGAUUGGGUGAUUAAGCAGGAAAUAAGCCAAUCAGAGGUAGGUACUUGUAUACGUAAUGAAUGAUAGACAUUCUGGGUUCUGGGUAGCUUGUUUAUGUGGUCCUCAACUGAUAAUCUAGAAAGAAAAUAAUAUUAUGAGAAGAAGAAAAAUGAAAUAAAAUUUGUGAGAAAUAAAAAGUUCGAUAUUUCCACAGGGUGCCCAACUACCCUAUUUCAUUAUGACGUCACAUGAAAAAAGUCUCUUGUUUUAACGCUAAUAAUCAUGGUCGUGGGAGGAGGAUAAAAGGGCAACAACACAAAGAAAACUGUGAAAAUUUUGUAUUUUAUAGAACUUAGUAAAGCAAUAGAGUACAAACACUAAAAGUGUACAACACUUUGCACUAUUUAGUGGUAAAUAGUGCUAAUUAAACAAUAGAAAACAAUAGGAUUAGCAUAAUUUACAGUAUUUAGUGGUAUUUAUGUUACACACUUAUAGUGUUUGUACUCUAAUAGCAACCAAAUACUGGUUUAGGAAAUGUCUGAAAACCAAAAAUCAGGGCUAUCAAUAAGCCUGAAGCGAGAUGACGUUUUACCCCGACUCUAUACACCAUAAUAGUUUUUAAAAUUCUUUCAUAUUAAAAUUUUUGAUUCCUUAGAGAAUACAGGAACAACAGUCAUAAUUAAAGAACAAAAGCAGCGUGAAAAGGAUUAUGGUCUAGAGACGGGGGUAAAACGUCAUCUCCCUUCAGGCUUAUUCUGCUGCAGGGUAAAGGUAGUCCAUAUUGUUUUCGUUCUUCAUCAUUUUGUCACCCUUAUAAACAAGGUGUGACUUCAUAGUGAUAUAGGGYAAUUCUGCUGCAGGGUAAAGGUAGUCCAAAUUGUUUUUGUUCUCCACCAUUCUGUCACCCUCAUAAACAAGGUGUGACGUCAUAGUGAUAUACGGCAAUUGAAAUAAACUGAGUUAAAAGCGUUA